CUUUCUUAGCAAUGUGUGGAUUGGUUGAGCAGCAGCACGUGAUAAGAAGUCUUUAUUAGCAGCUUCGCCGAAGAUUUGCGUUCAGUCGGUUCCUUGUCGCAGGGGCAUCGUGUUGUCUGGUUCCAUCGUAGAGACACGUGAAUAAUCAUCUCCCGAACGUAACACCGGCUACCAUGGUGAAACUAGCUAAGGGUGCAAAAACUCAAGCAAAGCCCAAGAAGGCAGCACCACCACCUCCAAAAGAUAUGGAAGACAGUGAGGAAGAGGAGGACAUGGAAGAAGAUGACAGCAGUGAUGAGGAGGUGGAAGUACCUGUGAAGAAGACACCAGCCAAAAAAACAGCCACUCCAGCCAAAGCAACACCUGGAAAAGCAGCCACACCAGGAAAGAAGGGAGCAACUCCAGCCAAGAAUGGAAAGCAGGCUAAGAAACAAGAGAGUGAAGAAGAGGAAGAUGACUCUGAUGAAGAGGCUGAGGACCAGAAACCUAUUAAAAACAAACCAGUUGCUAAGAAAGCUGUAGCAAAAAAAGAGGAAUCUGAGGAAGAUGACGAUGAUGAAGAUGAGUCUGAGGAGGAAAAGGCUGUUGCCAAGAAGCCUACACCUGCAAAGAAACCUGCAGGAAAAAAACAGGAAUCUGAGGAGGAAGAUGAUGAAGAAUCAGAAGAUGAGCCAAUGGAGGUUGCACCAGCUCUAAAGGGGAAGAAAACUGCCCAAGCAGCGGAGGAAGAUGAGGAGGAGGAGGACGAUGACGAUGAGGAAGACGAUGAUGAUGAGGAGGAACAGCAAGGCUUGUCAAUCUUUAUUGGGAACUUAAACUCUACAAAGGAAUUUGAUGAACUAAAAGAUGCUCUGAGGGAGUUCUUUUCAAAGAAGAACCUAACCAUACAGGACAUAAGGAUUGGAAACUCAAAGAAGUUUGGGUAUGUGGAUUUCUCAUCCGAGGAAGAGGUUGAGAAGGCUCUGAAACUGACUGGGAAGAAGAUACUUGGUACAGAGGUGAAGAUUGAAAAGGCUAUGGCUUUUGACAAAAACAAAACUGCUGAAAAUAAGAAGGAGAGGGAUUCCCGAACUCUGUUUGUGAAGAACAUCCCCUAUAGCACAACUGUUGAGGAGCUGCAGGAGAUAUUUGAAAAUGCUAAAGAUAUUAGAAUUCCCACUGGCAAAGAUGGAUCAAAUAAAGGGAUUGCAUAUGUUGAAUUUAGCAAUGAAGAUGAGGCAAACAAAGCUCUUGAAGAGAAGCAAGGAGCAGAGAUUGAGGGACGCUCUAUUUUCGUUGACUUCACUGGUGAAAAGAGCCAGAAUUCGGGAAAUAAAAAAGGACCCGAAGGCGAUUCCAAGGUACUUGUCGUAAACAACCUGUCAUAUAGUGCAACAGAAGACAGCCUCCGUGAAGUCUUUGAAAAAGCCACAUCUAUACGGAUACCACAGAACCAGGGACGGGCUAAGGGCUUUGCCUUUAUUGAAUUCUCUUCUGCGGAAGAUGCAAAAGAUGCAAUGGAUUCUUGUAACAACACAGAAAUUGAGGGACGGUCCAUACGGCUGGAGUUUAGCCAAGGAGGUGGCCCUCAAGGUGGUGGAAGGGGAGGUUCAGCGCAGUCAAAAACCCUCUUUGUCAGAGGUCUUUCUGAAGACACCACUGAAGAAACCUUGAAGGAAGCAUUUGAUGGCUCUGUUAAUGCCAGGAUUGUGACGGACAGAGAUACUGGCGCAUCCAAGGGGUUUGGAUUUGUAGACUUUUCCACUGCUGAAGACGCUAAAGCUGCCAAAGAGGCCAUGGAGGAUGGGGAAAUUGAUGGAAACAAAGUUACUCUAGACUUUGCAAAACCUAAAGGCGACUCCCAGCGUGGAGGACGUGGGGGUUUUGGCAGAGGAGGUGGCUUUAGAGGUGGUCGUGGUGGCAGAGGAGGUGGAGGAGGAAGAGGCUUUGGUGGCAGAGGUGGUGGACGCGGAAGAGGAGGAUUUGGAGGAAGAGGAGGUGGAGGAUUCAGAGGUGGUCAGGGCGGAGGAUUCAGAGGUGGUCAGGGCAAGAAGAUGAGGUUUGAUGACUGAGCAGUUUUCAUCUCCCCUUUAAACCUCAAGCCAUCUCCCUGAAAGGACUCUGGGGGCAGAAAGGGAGAUCUGGAUUCCCUACCCCAAAUAAAUCUACUCUUGGCAGAGCCUUCUGUGUGGACAUUCCAAUGUGGAAAUACAUGUUUCCUGUAUCACCUGGAUUCCAAGUCAUUUCAUGGAAGAGGGGACUGCUUGACUGUCAUAUACAGACUUUUUUUAGAGUGUGAAAAGAAACCCUGCUGGGACUUGGCAAAUUCUUAUGUUUUACCCACUGUACAAAAGAUUGAGUUUUUUUUUUCUUAAUUCCUCUAGUAUUUUGCUAAAAGUGCAGACUGUUCAUGGUUUUGCUUCAGCAACGUGUCUUGUUCAAAUUAAAGAACCUCCUCUGGUUACCUGUUUUUAGUAUAACUGUCUCCUGAGUCUCUGCAGUUGUUGACUGACUUGUUCUGCUGCAGCUCUGGCUCACAUCUUUGCAAUGGCCACCCAACAUAUCUGCUCUGGCUAAGGUAUAGAAAAGACAUGAACAAUGUUGGGUAGUAAAGCAGUAGAAAGUCAGCAAAGCUACUAAAUGGCUUGUGAAAUGUUCUGGUUUAGAAUGGUGCUAAACUUCCCACUGAAUCCAUAACUAUUGCCAUCUUAAGCAGUUAUUCUGUGGUGUGCUUAAACCUUAUUGUUAAACUUUUUGUUUUUUAAUUGAAUACCUUGCAAGUAGAAUUUGUGGCAUGAGUAAUCAGUCUUUGCUGAACCACAACUUCCUGACCAGUAGAAAAGGAAACCAAUAGUAAGGAAACAAGACCAUGCUACUAAUAAGGCAGAUUUUUGUCUUUUUUUUUUUUGUACUGAAAAGCAUGGGUUAAUCUUAUUCUCCCUGGCAUUGAGUUGUUUCCACACAAGCACAUUUAGAAAUAUUGCAUUUUUUAAUGCUUAAUAUUGGUGUAUUCACAACGCACACAUGAUGUGAUUCCUAUUGUUUGUCUUACAUGUGUGUUCUUAUAUGGAAUUCUCAUUUUUGGUUGUUUUGCUGACCUUUUAAAUGUUUUGAGGCCAGGUUGUGAACGUGCGCUAAGCACGUGAGGCCUUACUUUACAAAUUAAAAUAAAAUAUAUUAAGCCUUUAACCGAU